AUGGCGGAAGAGUAUGAUCCAGCGGGUCCUACCGCUCUUGAUGAUACUGGUGCAGAUGCGAAUGAGUCCUACGGUUACGAAGAGUACAGACAAGACGACGAUGCGGCCGACGAAGACGACGAUUACGACCCGACGGCCGGUUUCAACUACGCCGAAAACGACGAGCAGUCCAAGCCGACGUCGUCCGAACAGACUCCGCAACAUGCGCCCGUGUCCGCGCAAAGCGAUCAGCCCUCCAAGCCGCAGCAGACUGUUGCGGGUUUUGUGUUGGAAGAAAGUGAUGAUGAGCAAGAUGAGAGCGCGCCGACACCUUCACAGCUGAGCGGAGAUGCUGGCGCGCUGGCGGCUUCACRGGCGCCAGAUGUAUCGUUACGUAGUGCACCGCAAGACACUGCUACCCCAAGCACAAGUCUCAAUGGGUCCACCACUGUUCCUGUCCCUGCGUCAACUUCGUCUCACCCUAAUUCAUCUACACUUCAAACUCCUGCUGCAGAUUUGGGUAAGGUUGCUGUUUCACCUAUCGCUUCUGCUGUCCCGACACCACAGCCUGAGGCGAACGGUAUUGCUGUUGCCCCUCCGCCAGUUCCUCAAGCCAAUGGGUCAUUGAUUGCGGCGCCACUUGCUCGACUUCCUCAUGACAAAGUUGGCCAGCUCGAAGAUCGCAUCAAGGACGACCCUAAGGGUGAUACAGACGCGUGGCUUUCACUCAUCAAGCAUUACUACGACAAAGGCCAGUACCAAGGUGCAAGAGAUGUCUACAAGCGCUUUUUCGAGGUGUUCCCGACUGCGGUGUCAAUGUGGGUGAAAUAUGUCCAGAUGGAGAACGAGUUAGACGAACGCGACAAUGUCGUGAUCAUCCUCAACGAGUCCGUUAUGGCAGUUCCCAGCGUGGACCUCUGGAAGCUGUACCUCGACCAUGUUCGCCGAGCACUCCCCUUGAUUAAUGACGCAGAUGGCAAAAACCGCAGCGAGAUCACAAAGGCGUUUGAGGUUACACUGGAAAAUGUUGGCAUGGAUCCUGACGCCGGUAUGCUAUGGCGCGAAUACAUCGACUUUCUCCUCUCUGGUCCCGGCACCGUAGGAGGCCAGUCUUGGCAGGAWCUUCAGAAAGUUGACACGCUCCGCAAAGCUUACCAGCGCAGCAUCAAACUCCCUCAUUUCGAGUCUAUGAGACUCUGGAAGGAGUACGAGACUUUUGAGAUGGGACUUCAUAAGGCCACCGGUCGCAAGCACGUUCAGGAGCAGAGUCCGCACUACAUGCAAGCCCGAACUGCUCGCAUGCAACUCGAACAGAAACUUGAAGGUCUGGACAGGAAAUCACUGCCCAAGCUGCCGCCAGUCUAUGGUUGUGCUGGAGACGACGAGUUCGGCACCCAGGUCGAGAAGUGGCGGGGCUGGAUCGAGUGGGAGAGGGACGAAGACCCGCUGGUGUACAGAGGGACUGAAGAUGAUGCGUACCGCAAGCGAGUGCUUUACGCAUACAAGCAAGCCACGCUCUGCUUGUGCUUCUACCCGGACAUAUGGUUUGAAGCAGUGAACUGGUGCUUUGCUCAGGGUAUCAGUGCGUAUACCUCAGAGGGUGAUCAGCUUUUGGACAAGGCCAUUGCGAAUAACCCCGAGUCCGUACUACUUGCCAUGCUCAAGGCCGAUCGUGUGGAGGCAGAACUGGAAACUGGAAACACCGAUGAAGUGCUUUGCCGGAAUGGUGAAAAACUUGACGUGCCUUAUGAGAAGGUGCACACUGCGCUCUAUGCCCUCAGAUCAAAGCUCAAAGAGAAGGAUGACAAGGCGCUGGCGCAGAUCGCGGCGUACUAUGCUUCUCUACCGCCGGAAGAUGAUCAAAUGGAAGGUCAGGACGAUGACGACGACAACAAUUCCACGAAGCCAAAGUCUCGGGAGGAGCUGAAGAAGGCUGACAUCGAAGCCGUCAAGACCGCCUCGGCCGCACACAUGGACAUUCUUAAGCGUACAAUCUCCUACGUUUGGGUAGCCAAAAUGCGAGCUUUCCGCCGAGUCCAGGGUCAAGGCAAGCCGCUCAAGAAGGGCGACACAUCGUCCAAGGUCGUCAAAGGAUUCAGAGGAAUCUUCUCUGACGCCCGACCUCGUGGUCCACUUUCAAGCGACGUCUACAUCGCAUCUGCUUUGAUGGAGUGGCGCUGCUACAAAGACCCAUCGGCGAUCAAGAUCUUUGAGCGCGGCAUGAAGCUGUUCCCAAUGGAUGAGGCUUUCAUCCUGGAGUAUGUCAAGCACCUGAUUGCUCUCAGUGAUGUGACCAAUGCUCGUGUCGUGUUUGAAUCUACCAUCCCAAAAAUUUGCAAUUCGGCGGACUUUACCCUUGAGCAAAAGAGAGAGAAAUGCCGCCCUCUCAUCACAUACAUGCACGACUACGAAAGCAAAUAUGGCGACCUCGCCCAGAUUCACAAGAUUGAGAAGCGUAUGGCAGAGCUGUAUCCGGAGGAGCCCGAGAGCAGCCGCUUCAGCCAUCGCUUCUCUCUGCCCAAUUUCGAUGCGAUGCAUGUUCAGCUUGUUCUCAGCCCAACGCAAGCAAUGCCAAAGGCAUACCAACCUCAACCUCCACCUGAUCUUCACCACGCACCUCAACCCCAAGCCAGCAUAGAGAACUACACUCGCAGUCCCAAGGGACCGGAGAUUCUACUUGGUCCAAAYGGUCCGUACGUUGCCAGUCCUAAACGCCCACUGGAGGACUCGGACACGGACACUCCGAGGAAGUUCAUGCGUGGCGAGUCUCCACUCAAGGGUGCCGCCGGCGUGCGAAUCCAGAAUAAGCAGGCUGCCGCGGGCGGUGGCGGCGGAUUCGCCACGAAAACGUUUGUUCCCAACAGCGCGCCGGUACCCAUGGGUCCGCCUCAGCUGCCUCCCGCGAUUGAUGCCAUACUGCGCCGAUUGCCCCCUUCAAACAGCUACUUCCAGUAUCGCUUUGAUCCUGCAAAGCUGGCGAUGCUGCUACCCACCAUCAACGUCGAGACUGCCUACGCUCAGUAUAGCGCCACCGGAAGUGUACAACGCCAGUACUAG